AUGUCACCCACAGACUCAGAAUCCGAACCAGAACUCUCAUCCGAGACCCUCAAGAUCCUUCAACAGGUCAUGCAGGCGCAACAAGAACAACAAGAGAGGUUCGAGCAGCUCCGUCAACAGGCCCAAGAUCGCUUCGACGAAGCCCAGAAGUCCAACAAGGACCUGAGCUUGAUCACCAUGGAUUUGUUCAGGGAGGACUGGCAGCUGUCGCAAUUCUGGUAUGACGAGAAUACCUCGGAGCAACUGGCGCGGGAGGUGUUGGAGAAUUCAGAUAAGGAUAGUUUGGUCUGCUGUAUCUCUUCUCCUACCGCCUACGUUAAGCUUAUGUCGAUGAAGCCACUCACACAGAGAAACAACUUCCUCUUCGAGUACGACACUCGCUUCGACGUAUACGGCCGCCAGUUCAUCCAUUACGACUACUCUCACCCGCUCGAAUUCCGGCUCGCCGAAGAACUCAAAUCCUCUGUCGAUUUCAUCGUCGUCGAUCCUCCCUUUCUCUCGGAAGAAUGUCUUACAAAGACUAUGGAAACAGUCCGAUUCUUGUUGAAGGAGGGAGGGAAGGUGUUGUUGAGUACAGGGGCGGUGAUGGCACCGAUUGCCAAGAAGGAUGGGUUGUUGAUGACGACUUUUUAUCCCGGUCAUCAGAAUGGGCUUUCGAAUGACUUCAGAUGUUAUCUUAACUAUGCUUCUGAGAGGUUCCCUUUCAAGAAGGAUCAGAAGUAG